AUGCCCGCAUUGAACGCCCUCAAUUCAACCUCAGAAUCCCGCGCGCGCGCCCUGAUCCUAGCACAACUCCGGCUCCUUCGUCCUCCUCCGACUGGCAAAGAUACGAUUGUCUGCGCGCCCCCGGGCCAUCCUGACUGUGAGUCAGAUGAUGACAUGCCUGACGCGGAUACAUCAGAGCCGCCAUUGAACAGUACCGGUAGUCACAUGACGCUCGCAGAGAAAGCCAGACUUAUCAAGAAGUGGGCCGACAACAAACAGAAGCAUGUUCGCAAGAAGAGAGACAAGAAUAGCCACAAGCUUUUACUCGAGUACAAGGAUGGACCGAAAAUAUUCCAAGAGUUCCGGUGGACUUGUAUAGAGUGCCUUCAAAAUCCUUCUACUCUUCGGAAGAUAUUCCAGGUCCUUGAAUCGAACCGCCGAGGGGUUACCUCUGGCAUGGGAGACCAUUUAAAAUCCCACAGUAUUACGAAGGAGUCUCACCACGGUCGAAUCAAUGGAUACGGCCGCGCCAUUGGUGGAGGAGAUUAUACAGAGGUAGAUGCAUGGAGCGGUCGACCCAGGCAAAGAGCAAGGCUCACGGCAAAGGAGUCUAUCCGCCAGUGGUUUGUAAAACACCGACAACCCUUCUCUGUUGUUGAGAACUUGAGACUCCUGCUUUCCAAGAGAUACUUUGUGGAACGCAGAGAGAAGCUGAAGAUCGAGCUUCAGUACAAUUGUGCUACCAUCUCGCUCACCCUUGAUAUCUGGACAGCACCGAAUCGGGUGCCUAUUUUCGCCAUUAUUACGCACUGGAUUACGCCGGAGUUUGAGGAGAGAGAGGAGGUUAUUGAGUUUAUCGAGCUCAAAAAAUCUCACACUGGCAAACACGAGAUAGUUGAGAAGACACUUGAGGAGCUCAGGCUCAAGCCAAAGCUUCUCGCCAUUACGGGAGACAACGCCGCCAACAACGGCACGCUCUAUUAUUUGAAGACCAGACCACAUUCCAAUUUCCGGGCAAGCUGGUAG